GACCGGAUUCACUCGUGGGCGAAAGCUCACGCGUCAACUCGCCAAAAUCGAGCUUCCUCCCAGGUAGACCAAGCCUCCGACGAGGCAGCGGCUCAAGAUGGGCAAGUGAAGGAAGCUAUACGUGACCCGGCCAGCCCGGAGUCAGAAAAGAAUUCAAAUGAGACCACCAAGCACGGACUCUUCACGCGCAUGAAGGAUGGCAUGGUCCGCUUCAGCAGCCACACCAAGACGGCUCUUUGCCACAGUUGGGUUAAUGUGCUGCUCAUCUUCGUGCCCGCCGGUAUCGCCGUCCAGGCGGCCGGGUUGAACUCGGGCUUGAUCUUCGCCAUGAACGCGAUCGCUGUCAUUCCCUUGGCUGGUCUCCUCAGUCACGCCACUGAGUGUGUUGCCAGCCGCCUAGGUGACACCGUCGGUGCACUGAUCAACGUCACUUUUGGAAAUGCAGUCGAGUUGAUCAUUUUCAUCAUUGCACUGGUCAAGAAUGAGAUUCGAAUUGUGCAAGCAUCCCUCUUGGGAUCCAUUCUGGCAAAUCUACUGUUGAUUCUGGGUAUGGCCUUUCUGCUGGGAGGCUUGCGUUUUCAGGAACAGAUCUACAACAGUACCGUCACUCAAAUGAGCGCCUGUCUUCUUAGCUUGAGCGUCAUGAGUUUGUUACUACCUACAGCCUUCCAUGCUUCGUGGUCAGAUAGCUCGAACGCCGACAAAUACACUCUCAAAGUUAGCCGAGGAACUAGUGUGGUUUUGCUUCUUGUGUACGCCUUGUACAUCCUUUUCCAGCUCAAGUCGCAUGCCUAUCUCUACGCCAGUACUCCUCAGCAGAUUAUUGACGAAGAGUCCCACCCGGGUGUGUUGGCCGAGUUUAUGAACAGCUCGUCAGAUUCAAGCAGUUCUUCCGACGAAUCGGUUGACACUACAACAUCCUGGUCCACCGCCAAACGCAUCAAGAGGGCCAUGAAACACAGACGCCACCGAAAAUCAAGCACUAGCUCACGUGGAACAGUAUCUCCGCAAUCGUUCCGUAAGAAGUCCCUGGUGGAUAUGCCAUCGUCGGCUGUCAUUGAUGAGGCCCACGGUUCUGGUGAUUUGAACAGUACCACUAGUCAUGCAGAGGGUUCAGGGUCGUUUGUCAUUGAUUUUGGCGACGAUACCCGCUACGAUGCGGACCACGAGCCACACUCGAGGGACUACGAACCGCAGUCGCGGGACUUCGGAGCUGCCCCUAGGACCUCGAAGCAAGAGAGAAAGGCCAAGAAGCAGGAGAAGAAAAAGCAUGAGAAGCGUACGGAAAGCGCCCAGGGCGCUAUCAACACAGCUAUGAACGGACGGCCACCCUUGAAGUCUUAUCAAUCGGAACCUUCUGUUGAUCAUGGCGAUUCACAAAUUCCUGUCGAGGAGAUCCCCGAAGUGCCUAAGAGGCGAUCGCCAUUUCGGCCUACCAUUCCCUCACUGCUCUCGAAUACAGUGUUCUCUACCGCGCCGGGUAUUGCACAACCAACGAAUCUUUCCGCUGCAUCUGGUCUCCGCCGUACACACUCGCUGCCUUCUUUCUCCAAUCGUCCUCCACCCGUGGGAAGCGCUGUACAGUUUGCCCGUGGAGCAUCUCGCAUGCCUACCGUGGUCAGCGCGGCCACUGUCGAAGACACUUCUGAACACCCUGAGCCAGAGAUGUCUCGCACCUCCGCGGUGGUCAUGCUCCUCGUCUCAACCGCUCUUGUCGCGGUCUGUGCAGAGUUCUUGGUUGAUGCGAUUCCCAACAUGAUUCAAAGCUCGUCUGUUAGCGAGGCUUUUAUCGGUCUAAUCAUCCUGCCUAUUGUUGGUAACGCCGCCGAACACGUGACGGCCGUGAGUGUGGCUACUAAGAACAAGAUGGAUCUUGCUAUUGGUGUGUCUGUUGGUAGCAGUAUCCAGAUUGCUAUCUUCGUCACUCCCUUGGUAGUUAUCCUCGGGUGGUGCAUGGACAAAGACAUGUCUUUGUACUUUACUCUAUUCGAAACCAUAUCACUCUUCGUAACGGCUUUCGUCGUGAACUUCCUUGUCCUGGACGGCAGAAGUAACUACCUAGAGGGAUCUCUGCUCAUCGCAGCCUAUGUUAUUAUUGGUGUCGCUGCCUUCUUCUAUCCCGGAAGUGCUGACUCCAGCAACUUCGCC